AAAAGCUUAUGGUUUUACUAAGAGAUGGAAGAACUUUAAUUGGAUAUCUUAGAAGCGUUGAUCAGUUUGCUAAUAUUGUGCUUCAUCGUACAAUCGAGAGAAUUCACGUUGGUAAAGAAUAUGGAGACAUCCCAAGAGGCAUUUUUAUCGUCAGAGGAGAGAACGUUGUACUUUUGGGAGAGAUAGACAGAGACAAGGAGAAGGAUUUACCAUUGACCGAGGUAUCUGUCGAUGAUAUUUUGGAUGCACAGAGAAGAGAGCAGGAAUUGAAACAAGAUCGCAAACGACUGAUCAAUAAAGCCUUAAAGGAACGAGGCUUUUCCUUUAUCCCGGAUAUGGGUCAUGACGAUACGUUCUGACACGUGUCUCUGUCCCACGUUGCGAAUAUUCUAUCAUAUAUCCUCAUAAUUUCGAAGCAUAAGUCUUUUUCUAACAGUAACAGUAUGAGCAUAUUGUCCUAUCGUAAAUAAAUAUGUAGAUUAAUAUAUUAUGGCAUCGCGAAAUUUGGGUCGGAGAUUGUCCAAGUCUGAAAGAUGAUUACUCAGUAACAAAUUAUCAUAAGACUAUUAUUUUUCUUUUAAAUUAAAGUUGAAAACGAUUACAUAGUAGAACAAUGGAAAUUCUAAAAA